AUGCGAUAUCUUUCAUUUGCUCUCGUUACCCUGGGCUCUCUUGCUUUAGAGCAUCUUCCACCAAUUCAUUACACAAUCUCAAGACGCGGUGGCAGCUUUCCUGCGCCAGAUAUCGCGAAUUUGACAUAUCUUCUAGAGCAGCUUCGUGUGGUGGAGCAACGGUACAAUUCCACGACGCGCGACUUCAUUGGCAACAAGGUGGUGCGUAAACCAAAGCGUCCGCAUGGUACACAAGCUUUGUCAACUUUGCUUGGAGACGUCGGUCGAGAUGGGAAUUGGCUAGCCAGUCUGCAUAUCGGAGAUCCUAUACAGGAGGUGGAUAUGGAUCUUGAUAUGCUGACCGCAGACUGGUGGAUCUUCUCUACCAGCAGUGGAAAGGGAUCUUUCUAUCUAGACUUCAACAGCAAAACAUAUGGCAAGACAUCCCUAUCCUUUAGAUUUGAUGCCGAGUCACCAUUAUCGGUCCCAACCUGCCGUGAGCCAAAAGACAUCAUCCAUCUACCAACAAUCAAACGAUCGAUUCCUAUUUCUUUUGCGCUUUGCAGGCCAGCGAAGCAAUGGGUCAGCACCCUUCUACCAUCCGGCGCAUACUUAGGUUUAGCAGCCUCCACAGUCCUCAGCCAGACGAAAACAGUCCCCUUAAUGAUGCAGAUGAUUGAAAAGAAUGUUAUCAACACUCCGGUAUGGUCUCUAGUGUUGAUAAAUGGCAAGGAUGGCAUAUUUAGCAUUGGAGGGACAUCAGCUCCACCAGUUCGACGAGCGAAGAUGGAGACGGACGAUGAGCUGGCUCGAGCUGGAAAUCACGGGAUGAAAAGAGAUGGGGUGGUGGCUUCUAGAUCGGCUGCUGACAUCGAAAUGGAAGCAGACCUGUCGGCGAAUGAAUGGAAGUGGAGCAAGGUGCAAGGCGCAGAGGGGUGGUGGCAGAUUCUAAUGAGAGGCAUUUGGGUGGAUGGAAGUAAAGUCCUAGAGAACCAACCAAUUGUUCUGGAUAUUAACACACCUUUCAUCCUCGCACCUCCGGUUGCUGCGAGGGCAUUUUACUCGUCAGUCUCGUGGAGCAGACAACUACCCCCUCCAUAUGAUCAGUUCCAUGCAUAUCCGUGUUUCAACCCACCAAAGAUACACUUCGAAUUUGCGGGCUGGAAUGUGGAGGUGCUCAAAGGGAAAAGAGAACAGGGAACGUUCUCGCCAGGAGGGAGAUUCUCACUGGGGCGAAUGGCAUCCGGAAGUGGCUAUUGUCUUGGGAUUGUUGUUGAGUCCAGGAUGGGCAAGGGGAUGUCUCUUGGGACCGAGGCGGCGAACAUGGGGUUUAAGACAAGUAUGGAAGGAGGCAACGGGCUAGAAGAUGUCUGGAUUGUUGGAGAGCCGUUCUUCCGGGAUGUCCAAGUGGCCUUCAAUUGGAAGGAGAAGAAGGUUGGAAUGCAGAGAGUAUGACAAUUGCCUGUUAGGUCGCUUUUAUCAAAGCUAGAGAUAGAACUUCCAAUAAGGUGUCUUGUUUAUAUAGUCUUAACUCGAGCUAAUCUUAAAGCC